AUGGAUGAUGACAAUUCGAGUUCCAAUGAUAUAGAUGAUAUUAUGGAGCUCAAGGGAUGGUUAAAGAAAAAGUCGCUCGGUGAAAAAAAGUGGGUCAAACGUUAUUUAGUACUUCGCGAGAAUAAUUUGACAUUAUAUUUUGAUGAAACAUGUAAAGACGCAGAUACAACAUAUCAACUAUCCUCGAACACAACAGUAGAACAAAUUGUCGAUAAUAACACUCCAAAAUUCAUGCUAACCAUCGAAGGACAAGAUCCAAUUACAUUUUCAACGGAUACCUCCGAAAAUGUGCAAAAAUGGAUCACAGGAAUCCGAAGUUCAUUUGAAUCCUCACCUGUUCUGUCCAUGUCUUCCUUCGACAUCCUUCACGUUCUUGGAAGAGGCGCUUUCGGAAAAGUUAUGCUCGUCAGACAUCGGUCCAGCAUGAAGUUAUACGCUAUCAAAUCAAUCCAAAAGAGGAAACUACUUGACGCGAUGAAGUCACAUACAGUUAUUGCAGAAAGAAAUAUACUUAUGAAGGCACAUCACCCUUUUAUCGUUCAAUUAUUCUUUGCCUUUCAAAACCCAUCGAAAUUCUACCUCGGAUUAGAAUAUGUUCCCGGUGGUGAACUGUUUUACCAUCUCACGAAACGUGGAACAUUCCCAAUCAACGAAGUUCGUUUAUAUUCAGCUGAAAUCGCAUUAGCAUUAUCAUACUUACAUAGCAUCGGUAUCAUUUACAGGGACCUCAAACCGGAAAACGUCAUGCUUGACAGCACAGGCCAUAUCAAACUUACAGAUUUUGGUUUAUCUACAGAAGUCUUCGAACUUGAAGAAUGUGGUGAUUCAUUUUGUGGAACAUCUAGAUAUUUGUCACCGGAGAUGAUAUACAAAAUCAAAUAUACACAUAAAAUCGACUGGUGGUCACUUGGAAUUUUGAUGUACGAAAUGAUUGUCGGACAUCCUCCAUUUGAUUCACAAAACAGGAGUCAGUUGUAUAAUGAUAUCACACACUCCGAUCCUGUUUUCCCAAGUUCUUUUCCAGUUGACGCAAAAGAUUUAGUUUGUAAACUUUUAACUAAGAAUCCAAACCAACGACCAGACUUCUCUGGUAUCAAAGACCACGUUUUCUUCAAAGGAAUCGACUGGGAUAAGGUUUACAACAGAGAAUACCAACCAAACUUUAUUCCAAAGCAAACUACACCUAACUGUGACUCUGUGUUCCUACAGGAGAGUCCAGCAGAUAGUAUUGUAACUGCUACUUCUGCACAAUUUCCAGAUUUCUCAUUCCAAGGUCAAUCAUUAUGCGAUUCAUACCAAGAAUGGGAUUGA